AUGGCUAGUGAAUUAUCACGCUUAAGAAAUGAGAAUGAUUUACUUCAAAGAAAUGUUACCGUUUUACGAGACGAAAAUAACUUGCUUCGUGAUACCAGCGAAGUCUUAUCAAUUGAAUUGGAAGAACGCAAAGUUAAACCUAAAGUUUGGGCCGAUUUGUCUCAAGGAACUUGCCCAGAAACGCAAAACAACCCACAAUCAGAAGGGUAUUCGCCACCCACUUAUUCCCAGCCCUAUAUAAAGAGUAAAGAUUGGAGAAACUAUCUAAGACUAGUUAAUCGUGUAACAACGAGCCAAAUUGUUCGACCAAUUGCACGUGUUGACAUUACUAAGUCUCUCCAAGAUGCAAAUAGCGAAGGUCAAGGGAAUUCAUUUAUAAAUCAACCUGGCACUGGUGAUGACAGCAUACAUCCUUGUGACCCUACCCAUGACCAUGACCAACAUUAUCCCAUCCCAACGCGCAUCACUCUACGUACCUCAUCAACAAACCGGUGGAGAAGAAAGUCUAGCCAAUCCUUAAAAAGCAAACAGGCAAACAGAGGAACAAGCAAAUGGGCUAACAGAGACAAGUUUCGAUCGCGUCCCACGUAUCACCAAAUCGAUUGGCUGAAAGACAAACACGAGCGGAAGAACUGGUACAGCUAUUACUACUAG